AUGGAUCGCAUGCGGCACAAACAAAUCAGCACUGACCCAUGUGGGGUCGAAGUGCAGCCUGGACCCUGUCUGGUACUCGCAGCCAGUCCAGGUUUACCUCCACAGCUUGCAAUCCAGGAGCCAGCUCUCAUCAGCAAACCAAAGUCUGGACUGAGCCCCGUCCAGUCCCCGGUUCCACCCGUGAGAGUGACAGAACCGUCACAGGCCGGCCACACAAGCACUGGGUCCGCUCCGACGCUGACGAGCAUAAGCCGGCCGAGACCGACCGCCCUCGGGACUAAACCUGCUCCGAAGCCGAACAGGAUCUCAGCGGACCCCUCCAAGGAAAUAGAUUUGAUCCCCGUUUACAUCCCAGGACCUCAGAGUGCCAACGUCCUGCCGCAGACUGAGUCCUCCCUCCCGCUCCACAGUCCUCAGAGUCCUCAGUCUUACACCAGCCAGCCUUACCUGAGUCCCUCACCCAGCCCUCUCCCACCCGCCUGCCUCAGCCCCAAACCAGGCCCCGGUGGUCAGUCACAGAGGAGCCCCUCACCCGUGUGUCCAACACAGAGCCAAGUGCAGCCAGAGAAGCCGGCAGGAGAGAACAAUGACUUCAGGGUGUACAUCGUCACAUGGAACGUGGGCUCAGCUGUCCCGCCGGAUGACAUCACCUCCCUGUUCGGACCAAAUGUUUCAGAUGGGAGCGUCGACGUGUUUAUCAUCGGACUCCAGGAGGUGAACUCCAUGAUCAACAAGAGGCUGAAGGAUGCUCUGUUCUCGGACCAGUGGAGCGAGCUGUGCAUGGACACACUCAGCCCUUUCGGAUACGUUCUGGUGGCGUCCCAGCGAAUGCAGGGAGUGCUGCUGCUGGUUUUCUCUAAAUUCUGCCAUCUUCCGUUCCUCCGAGGCGUGCAGACGGAGAGCACACGCACAGGACUUGGGGGAUACUGGGGGAAUAAAGGGGGUGUCAGUGCGAGGAUGACGGUGUUCGGACACCCGUUGUGCUUCCUCAACUGUCACCUGCCGGCUCACAUGAGGAACCUGGAGCAGCGGAUGGAGGACUUUGAGAGCAUCCUGCAGCAGCAGCAGUUUGAAGGCGGCAAUGCCACUGGUGUGCUGGACCACGAUGUGGUGUUUUGGUUUGGAGAUCUAAAUUUCCGCAUCGAAGACUACGACAUCCAUGUGGUGAAAUGUGCCAUCGACAGCAACAAGCUGCCUCUUCUGUGGGAGCGGGAUCAGCUCAACAUGGCUAAAAACACAGAGCCCAUCCUGGAGGGCUUCAUAGAGGGGCCACUCAAUUUUGCCCCGACCUACAAGUUUGAUGUGGGCACUCAUACGUACGACACCAGUACAAAGAAGAGGAAACCUGCCUGGACGGAUCGCAUCCUCUGGCGCCUCCGACGCACCGGCUCCCCGGCCCCUUCCCACAAUGCAGCACUACAGCGGGGUCUGACCUCGUGGCUCGGUGGGGCAACCAAAGUGACGCAGCACACGUACCGAAGUCACGUGAGCUACACCAUCAGCGACCACAAGCCUGUUUCUGCCCUGUUCUCCCUGCAUUUCCCAUUCAAGGUGGCUGUGCCCCUGGUGGAGCUGCAGGUCAAUAAGGAGUGGUGUAAAGUCUCCGAUGCCACAGUCAAAUUCACAUAUGCAUCUACUUAUCAGCGCAGCUCGUGGGACUGGGUGGCAAUAUAUAAGGUCAGAUUCAGGCAUCACAAAGACUACCAGGCGUACGUGUGGGCCAAGGGAGAGCACAUAUCACAGGUGACGUUUUCAGAGGAAGAUUUGCCCAAAGACGAUUGUGAAUACCUCAUGGGCUACUACAGCAAUAAUAUGAACAGUAUCGUUGGAUUGUCAACACCCGUUCAGAUCAGGAUACCAGUCCACAGUCCCACCAUGCAUCGCUCCGACAGCUCUGAAGUCAGCUCAGAAGACGACAGCACCCUCGUCCUGCUGGUCCCAAGCUCCCGUAGCCCGAGUCCUAAAACAGGAAAAGCCCAUCAUCGCCACCGGCGCAGCCGCAGCCCGGCGGUCCCGACACUCUCCUCCAACCCCCUCCCCUCCUUACAGGGCCUCAGCCUCUGCCCUCGCUCCAAAGACGGACAGACGCCAAGCCGCUCACCCUGCUCCACUGCUAAGAAGGAACGGCUGGUGUCCCCCAACACUGUGCAGUCUCCGUCCAUCAGCCCGCUCAGUCCUCGCAGUCCUGUGUCUCCAGGUAGUGGAGUGACUGCACCGGAGGCCCUCAUCGCUGCCAUCUUAGGUGAACACAGACCAGCUCAGGUUAGCCCCACAGGGGACAGACACAUAGGGAAGGCCGGGGAAACGGACAUAAAGAUCAGUUACUGAAAGCAGGUACAGUCUGAUGUGAUUCCACACUGUCUCUGUGCUCGUAGAAGCAGCACAAGCAAUGACUCCUAACGUAGUUUGCAAACAUUCCACAUUGUAGCCCUGCAGCUCUGUCUCUGAAUCGACCAUCAUCUCUUACACUGUGUGUAUCUCGGACUGGAAGCUGAGCCCAGACGCCCCCAAGGACAACAAGUGCUUUUAUAGACUCAUAAGCUAAAUCAUACGUAAACAACAUGUUGAAUGUGAAACCAGAGUAGACCUGUGAUUGAUGUGAGCGGUUAUUAUCGACAGCAAUACGGAUCUUUGUAAACUGUCUCCUACCAUAAUGACUCCGGACCAGAAACACUGACGGUAUCAUGGUUCACCGUGGAGGGAGAGUGUGUGUGUGUUUGUGUGUCUGUGGGUUGUGUUAAAACAUAAAUUUGUGAAAUAUGCAUUUUGGACCAAAUGGUGGUUUAAACAUUUUACCUCUAUAGUUUUCGGUCUGUAUUCAUGAAAUGAACCUCUCGUGAAUAGUGGUAGAGCAUUUUACCAACGCAAUCAACCUGAAGUGUUCAUGUGACUAAGUGACUUCAACAAUAAUCCUGCUUCAAUGCUCUUAUUCUUAGCAGCUUUGUGGAUACAGCCCCUGUUCUAUAGAGCUCAGUGAGUGGAUCUUUAGACCAAUGUGGUUUGUUUGCUUCAAGGAAAACUGUUAUUUAUCUGUGCGAGUGUGCAAAUAAUAAUAAAAAA